AUGGCUGAUGACUCGAGCUCACCUCCAAACGGCCAACGUCAAAUUUGUCAAAUUUGCCUGAGGCCUCUCCGCGCCGUUGCUCUACUCCUCGUCGCGACGGCGGCGGUGGCGGCGGCACCGCCAUGGGCGGUGAGCGGCCAGCAUUACGGCUCUUUCAACGGCUCGGUCAGCAGAGACGACUUCCCCAUGGACUUCAGCUUCGGGGCUAGUACAUCAGCUUAUCAGUGGGAAGGCGCAGCGGCGGAGGACGGCCGGACUCCCAACGUGUGGGACACCUUCGCUCACGCUCACGCCCACGCCGUAAAUGGUGACGUGGCAGCUGAUGGCUACCACAAGUACAAGGAGGAUAUCAAAUUAAUGAAGGAGACGGGACUGGAUGCUUAUAGAUUCUCUAUCUCUUGGUCAAGGCUUAUUCCUAAUGGAAGAGGAGAAAUCAAUCCAAAAGGAGUAGAAUACUACAACAAUCUCAUCAAUGAACUUCUUGAUCAUGGAAUUCAACCACAUGCAACGAUAUUUCAGUAUGAUCUUCCUCAGAUCCUUGAAGAUGAAUAUGGUGGAUGGUUGAGUCCCCAAAUAAUUGGUGAUUUCACAGCAUAUGCAGAUGUGUGCUUUAGGGAAUUUGGGGAUAGGGUUACCAAUUGGACUACUCUAAAUGAACCUAACGCUUUAGUUUCACUUGGAUAUGAUGCUGGUAUCGGGCCACCAGGGAGAUGUUCUAAACCAUUUGGAUUUGCUAACUGCUCCUUUGGGGACUCUGUAAACGAGCCAUACAUUGUAGCUCGUAAUUGCUUAUUGGCUCAUAGCUCAGCUGUGUCACUAUACAGAAGAAAGUAUCAGGCAAAGCAACAGGGACUUAUUGGCAUGAAUAUCUUUAUAAAUAACAUAUUACCUUAUACAAAUUCAACGGAAGAUAUAGCUGCAGCGAAAAGAGCACAAGCUUUCUACACAGGCUGGUUCUUGAAUCCUCUUUAUUAUGGAGACUACCCAGUUGUAAUGAAGGAGAACGCCGGCUCCAAGUUGCCAAAAUUUUCUCGAAGCCAGUCUGAUUAUUGCAAGCAAUUCUACCACUGGGGUUAUGGUCUACGGCAAGUGCUUGAACAUUUGAAGCAAUCUUAUGGUCAUCCUCCAAUCUAUAUCCAUGAGAAUGGGUAUCGAAUGCAUCAAGAUGUGGUAUUUGAUGAUGGCCCUAGGGUGGAAUUCUUGAGUGAACAUCUUAAAAACCUGCUUAUUGCUCUCAGGAAUGGUUCGAAUACUAGGGGCUACUUUGCCUGGUCGCUGAUGGAUUUAUAUGAACUACUUAGUGUCGGGGACACGUAUGGAUUGUAUUACGUGGAUUUUGCCGAUGAGGAUCUCAAGAGGUAUCCAAGGAGGUCUGCGAUUUGGUACAAGGAUUUUCUCGAUGGGGGCCGCAUGGAGACAGAGAGAUUCUCCGAUCACUAGCUUUUGACCUCUGGCCUAGACCGGGGUAGCUGUUUUCUGU